AUGGACAUCAACGACAUUUUCAAGGUACAUAGAAGCAACCUCGCCGGGAGAUCCGUCAGAUCUAGCUGACCCUGUGGGGCUCAUGGCAGCGGCCCCCACUGCCUCCGUCCGGAGCGGCAGCCGGCACCAAACGCAAGCUCGAGGCUCCUACACCAGACUUGUCAUCCUUCAAGCAGCACAAGACCGACACCAGUCCUACCGAUGGGGCACCCCCUGCCGCAAUGAGCGCGAAUACGAAUGGUAAAGGCAAGGGCAAGGCUUCGGUCACGAUCCGAGAUGGGCCCGACGACGACGAUGAUGAUCAGGACGGGGACAACGAUGGCGCUCCGGAUGGAGAGUUCGCACCCGGGAAUGAUGCGGACUAUUUUGCUGAAGAGGAUGAGGAUGGAAGGUUCUUGUGAGUCGUCUCGUGCGGUUCGGCUGCGAGCAUCCAGCCCGGCAAGGGUCGCUGAGCCCCCUCUGAUCAUCGAUCGACAAUAGCGGCGGAGGACUCAACUCCGUUCAAAAGGAGGUCCUGAAUAUGAUGGACAAGGCGGAUGACAAGUUCGCAGCCAGUGGCGAGUUGACAGCCCCAGGCGUACGACGACAAUUGCUCGCGCUCGAAAAGGCCAUUGACGAGAACCGGCGGUUGAGGACAAAGUUCCCCACAGACCCAACAAAGUGCGCAGCACUUUUCAAAGACGAUUCGGUGUUGAUGCAUCCUGAUAGCUCUUGGAUCUCACGCGCAGAUUCGUCGACUCGGAAUUCACCCUCAUCGAGGCUCUCAACGCCUUGCUCGUGCUCUCGUCCUUCCCCGCCCUCUCGUACCCCAUCCUCAUCGAACUCAACACCCCAGAAUCCUUGGCCGACCUACUUUCCCACGAGAAUACCGACGUCUCGAACGCCGUCGUCGAAGUGCUUGAAGAGUGGCUCGACCCGGAAUCAUUGGACGACGAGGACGAGGAGGAGGAGGGUGGCGAUGAAGGAGGCAGUGAACGGAAACUCGAGGCGACCAAGAAGUUGGUCGAGAGUUUGACUCAGUUCGGCAUCGUUGAUUUGGCCGUCUCGGGGCUGGCGAGAUUGAAUGAAGAGGAUGGGUCAGAGCGAGGGGGAGUGUUUCACAUAUUAGGUUCGUCAUCCAGCGAUUGCUCAAUUCCGGAGGAAUGAGCAGCUCACGCGAAGCCUGUUCGUCCACAGGUCUCCUCGAAAACUUCAUCUCUUUGACACCGGCAAUCGCCACAUCGCUCUUGGCCCCUACGGCCACCCUACUAUCGUAUCUCGUCGAACGACUAUCAAUGGACAAGAAACCCGCCGACUGGGAUCAGAACCGAUUUUACGCCGCCGAGAUGCUCUCGCUGUUGCUUUCCCUGCCCGUGGACGGUGUGGCCGAGGGGCGGAAGACUUUGGCUGAACAAGGUCAUGUCGAUGCCUUGCUCAAGAUCCUGUCGGUGAGUGACAUUUUGGGGAUCCAAAGAUAGGCCCUAUUCAACUUCUGACUGGAUAAGCUUGAUCGCAGACCUAUCGCCGCCGCGACCCGUCCGGUGCGGACGAAACCGAGUUUAUGGAAAACAUCUUCGACAUCCUGUGCUCGUCCCUUUCCGAACCUACCGUCAAAAAAGUGUUCAUGCAAGGUGAAGGGAUCGAGUUGAUGUGCUUGAUGCUCAAGGAGAAGAAGCUGUCCAAAACAAGGGCGAUCAAGACCCUUGAUCAUGCGCUGCAAGGCUUUGCGGGCAUGGAGCUGUGUGUCGAGUUUGUUGAGGCGUUGGGUCUCAAGGUGUUGUUUACAACUUUCAUGGGCAAGGUGGGUGACUACGCAAUGUAUUUGGCUACUUUGAGGGAUUCAGCUGACCUCUUCGAGUCCGUGAUGUGUCUUACAGGGAGCGUCCAAAAAGGCAUCAGGGCAAUUGACACACGAAUCGACCGAGCACCUCUUGUCAAUCCUCUCCUCCCUCUUGACAUCUCUCGCAUCCGACUCGCCUCAACGACUUCGACUACUCUCCAAAUUCGUCGAAGCGGACUACGAAAAGCUGGACCGCCUGAUCGAUCUAAGGGAGGAGACCGAGUCGCGCGUCAAUGCUGGAGAUGGGGAUGAUGAAUUCGGCGAAUUGGACGAGGACGAGCUUUACCUCGAGAAGCUCGAGAGGGGCUUGUUCAGUCUGCAGUUGAUUGAUUACAUUUUGGCUUGGAUGACGAUGGAAGAUGAUGGCGUAGGUCUGGUGCCGAAGGCAUCUCAGUCGUUGCUAUUUUGCUGACCCUUGCCUUGCGGACCUCGCUCUUACAGGCCAGAGAGCACAUCCUGAUGAUGCUCGCACGGAGAAACAAGUCGUUCGACGACAUCAUUCGUGUUCUAUCCGAGUACAGGGACAACAUUGGUGAAGGGGCGGCCAAGACCGAGGAGAAGGAAGGAUCAGAGAUUGAUGAAGCAGAGGAGCAGAGGGAGAUUCUGAAGAACUUGAUCGAGUACUUGAAGAGCCUCGAAUGA